CAUACGCUUUUCAUUACCGUUAUUGCGUUUAUUUUCUGUGUAUUUACCUUUGGACAUACAGUAAAACCCCGUUAUGAAGUGAAUCUGUUCCUUUAAACCACGUGGUGUUCUUGCCUUCCAUCUUGACACUUCAUUCAAAGCCAAAAGGAAUACUUUUUACCAAGUCAUGGAUGAACAAGGAGCUGAUUAUAGGAUAUGGGCCAAACGCGGGCAGGUGGGACGAGCGUAGAUAGAUGGGGCAUCUUGGUCGGCAUGGGUGAGUUGAUGUGAAGUGGCCUGUUUCCGUGCUGUGUCACUGUGACUCAGAGUAAGAGGAGGAGAGAAGGCUCCACAACACUGAUACUCAAAGGAGGUUUUGACAAUUUGGGGUUUCUGCACAGUAAUUGUAUUUUAUCUUGAACUUAAUGUUUAAUUUAAUUAAGACACUUGGGAAAUAUGUUUUGGAAACUAAGCUGCAAAAAUAUGAAUGUGAAAGCUCUAAGAAAUGUGUGAUCAUCCACGUUGGUUGGAAAAAUAGAUAAUAUAUGUUUUAAAUGAGAGCUUGAUAAGUGUUAGUGUUCAGCUAGCUGAGCUCUUAGUGCACAAGCAUCACUGAAAGAUAGCAUCCAGGUGUUGCAAGCAACUAGGCAGGCAAUAGGGUUGACUUUGAGUUUAGUUUAUUGUCACAUGUAGCAGACUAGAGGAAGCAGCUGAUUGGGUGCAACCUCGGGUUAGUAUUUCUGCUUUCUGGUUAAAGGUACAGUGUUUUAGUAAAGGUACAGUGAGCCAAGGAUACAGUGGACUAAAGGUACAGUGCUUUAGUAAAGGUACAGUGAGCUAAGGAUACAGUGAGCUAAGGGUACAGUGCUUUAGUAAAGGUACAGUGAGCCAAGGGUACAGUGGACUAAAGGUACAGUGUUUUAGUAAAGGUACAGUGAGCCAAGGGUACAGUGCUUUAGUAAAUGUACAGUGCUUUAGUAAAGGUACAGUGAGCUAAGGGUACAGUGAGCUAAGGGUACAGUGCUUUUUGUUUAUAUAAUAAAGGUGCAGUUUAAAGGUCAAGAGGGAGCAGCUGUUGUGAGUCAGAUACCUGCUGAUUUCUCCCAGCAGUUUCUAUUGUAUUAUACUUGUAUCGGAUCCAGGGUAAGGCGGGAGAAUGACAGCCAGAGCAGUGUACUGUUCUGGAUGUCAGAUGUGGGAGGUCAUGGUGUCGGAUGGCCCUCCAGACGUCCACAUCUGCACCAGGUGCAGCGAGAUGGGGCUCCUAAGGGACCGUAUUAGGAUCCUGGAGCAGCAGCUCGAUGACCUCUGUCUGGUCAGGGAGAGUGAGGAGGUCAUAGAGGGGAGUUAUAGGGAGGUGGUCACUCCAAAACCACGGGAGAGAGACAUGUGGGUCACGCUAAGGAAGGGCAAGGGGCAGAGGCAGGGACGAGUGAGUACUCCAAUGUCGGUACACCUUGCAAAUAAGUACUCCUGUUUGAGUACGGAUGGGGGUGACAGCCUGCCCGGGGGUAGCGACAGCGGACGGGCCUCCAGCACAGAGACCGGCCCUGUUGCUCCUGAAGGUAGGGACAAAAAGAAGAGGGCAAUAGUAAUUGGGGACUCUAUUGUUAGGGGGUCGGAUAGGCGAUUCUGUGGACGCAGUCGGGAGACCAGGAUGGUGGUCUGCCUCCCUGGUGCCAAGGUCUCGGACGUGUCUCAACGCGUCCAAGAUAUCCUGAAAUCAGAGGGAGAGGAGCCUGAGGUCGUGGUACAUAUAGGUACCAAUGACAUAGGUAAAAAAAGGGAAGAGGUCCUGAAGGGAGGAUUUAGGGAGUUGGGAGGAGAGUUAAGGAAAAGGACCAAAAAAGGUAACAAUCUCAGGAUUACUGCCUGUGCCACGCGACAGUGAGAGUAGGAAUGGAGCGAGGUGGAGGAUAAAUGCGUGGCUGAAAGACUGGUGCAGAGGGCAGGGAUUCAAGUUUCUGGAUCAUUGGGACUUCUUUUGGGGAAGGUGGGACCUGUACAGAAAGGAUGGGUUGCACUUGAACCCGAGGGAGACCAAUAUCCUGGUGGGGAAAUUUGCAAAGGCAGCUGGGGAGACUUUAAACUAGAAUGGUUGGGGCGAGGGACUCAAAUAGAGAAAGCUAGUAGACAGAAUGGGAGGCAGGAAGCAGAAAUGGGAAGCACUCGGACACAAGAGGAGAAAGAAGAAAAAAGGAAAUAAACAGAGAAUAAGAGGCGGGGGGUUUCUUAAAUGUGCAUAUUUUAAUGCUAGGAGCAUUGUAAGAAAGGUGGAUGAGCUUAGAGUCUGGAUUGACACCUGGAAGUAUGAUGUUGUGGCGAUCAGUGAAACGUGGUUGCAGGAGGGCUGUGAUUGGAAACUAAAUAUUCCAGGAUUUCGUUGCUUCAGGUGUGAUAGAAUUGGAGGGGCAAGAGGUGGAGGUGUUGCAUUGCUAGUCAGGGAAGAUAUUACAGCAGUGCUUUGGCAGGAUAGAUUGGAGGGCUCAUCUAGGGAGGCUAUUUGGGUGGAACUGAGAAGUGGGAAAGGUGUAGCAACACUUAUAGGGGUGUAUUAUAGACCGCCAAAUGGGGAUCGAGAAUUGGAAGAGCAAAUAUGUAAGGAGAUAGCAGAUAUUAGUAGUAAGCACAAAGUAGUGAUUGUGGGAGAUUUCAACUUUCCACACAUAGACUGGGAAACACAUUCGGUAAAUGGGCUGGAUGGUUUGGAGUUUGUAAAAUGUGUGCAGGAUAGUUUUUUGCAGCAAUACAUAGAGGUACCUACUAGAGGAGGGGCAGUGCUGGACCUCCUGUUAGGAAAUGAGACGGGACAGGUGGCGGAGGUAUGCGUUGGGGAGCACUUCGGGUCCAGUGAUCACAAUACCAUUAGUUUCAAUAUAAUUAUGGAGAGGGUCAGAACUGGACCUAGGGUUGAGAUUUUUGAUUGGAGAAAGGCUAACUUUGAUGAGAUGCGAAAUGAUUUAAAAGGAGUGAACUGGGACAUUUUGUUUUAUGGGAAAGAUGUAGAAGAGAAAUGGAGGACAUUUAAAGGGGAAAUUUUAAGAGUACAGAAUCUUUAUGUCCCUGUUCGGUUGAAAGGAAAUAGUAAAAAUUGGAAAGAGCCAUGGUUUUCAAGGGAAAUUGGACAUCUUGUUCGGAAAAAGAGGGAGAUCUACAAUAAUUAUAGGCAGCAUGAAGUAAAUGAGGUGCUUGAGGAGUAUAAGGAAUGUAAAAAGAAUCUUAAGAAAGAAAUUAGAAAAGCUAAAAGAACACAUGAGGUUGCUUUGGCAAGUAAGGUGAAAGUAAAUCCAAAGGGUUUCUACAGCUAUAUUAAUAGCAAAAGGAUAACGAGGGAUAAAAUUGGUCCAUUGGAGAGACAGAGUGGACAGCUAUCUGCAGAGCCAAAAGAGAUGGGGGGAGAUAUUGAACAAUUUUUUUUCUUCGGUAUUCACCAAGGAGAAGGAUAUUGAAUUAUGUGAGGUAAGGGAAACUAGUAGAGUAGCUAUGGAUACUAUGAGUUUCAAAGUAAAAGAAGUACUGACACUUUUGAAAAAUAUAAAAGUGGAUAAGUCUCCAGGUCCUGACAGGAUAUUCCCUAGGACAUUGAGGGAAGUUAGUGUAGAAAUAGCCAGGGCUAUGACAGAAAUAUUUCAAAUGUCAUUAGAAACGGGAAUAGUGCUGGAGGAUUGGCGUACUGCGCAUGUUGUUCCAUUGUUUAAAAAGGGUUCUAAGAGUAAACCUAGCAAUUAUAGACCUGUUAGUUUGACUUCAGUGGUGGGCAAAUUAAUGGAAAAGAUACUUAGAGAUAAUAUAUAUAAGCAUCUGGAUAAACAGGGUCUGAUUAGGAACAGUCAACAUGGAUUUGUGCCUGGAAGGUCAUGUUUGACUAAUCUUCUUGAAUUUUUUGAAGAGGUUACUAGGGAAAUUGACGAGGGUAAAGCAGUGGAUGUUGUCUAUAUGGACUUUAGUAAGGCCUUUGACAAGGUUCCUCAUGGAAGGUUGGUUAAGAAGGUUCAACUGGGGUAUAAAUGCAGGAAUAGCAAGAUGGAUUCAACAGUGGCUGAAUGGGAGAAGCCAGAGGGUAAUGGUGGAUGGUUGUUUGUCGGGUUGGAUGCAGGUGACUAGUGGGGUGCCUCAGGGAUCGGUGUUGGGUCCUUUGUUGUUUGUCACGUACAUCAAUGAUCUGGAUGAAGGCGUGGUAAAUUGGAUUAGUAAGUAUGCAGAUGAUACCAAGAUAGGGGGUGUUGUGGAUAAUGAAGAGGAUUUCCAAAGUCUACAGAGUGACUUAGGCCAUUUGGAAGAAUGGGCUGAAAGAUGGCAGAUGGAGUUUAAUGCUGAUAAAUGUGAGGUGCUACACCUUGGCAGGACAAAUCAAAAUAGUACAUGGUAAAUGGUAGGGAAUUGAAGAAUACAGAUGAACAGAGGGAUCUGGGUAUAACCGUGCAUAGUUCCUUGAAGGUGGAAUCUCAUAUAGAUAGGGUGGUAAAGAAAGGUUUUGGUAUGCUAGCCUUUAUAAAUCAGAGCAUUGAGUAUAGAAGCUGGGAUGUAAUGUUAAAAUUGUACAAGGCAUUGGUGAGACCAAAUCUGGAGUAUGGUGUAUAAUUUUGGUCGCCUAAUAAUAGGAAGGACGUCAACAAAAUAGAGAGAGUACAGAGGAGAUUUACUAGAAUGUUGCCUGGGUUUCAACAACUAAGUUACAGAGAAAGGUUGAAUAAGUUAGGUCUUUAUUCUCUGGAGCGCAGAAGGUUAAGGGGGGACUUGAUAGAGGUCUUUAAAAUAAUGAGAGGAAUAGGCAGAGUUGAUGUGGAUCAGCUUUUCCCUUUGAGAAUAGGGAAGAUUCAAACAAGAGGACACGACUUCAGAAUUAAGGGACAGAAGUUUAGGGGUAACAUGAGGGGGAACUUCUUUACUCAGAGAGUGGUAGCGGUGUGGAAUGAGCUUACAGUGGAAGUGGUGGAGGCAGGUUCGUUGGUAUCAUUUAAAAAUAAAUUGGAUAGGCAUAUGGAUGAGAAGGGAAUGGAGGGUUAUGGUAUGAGUGCAGGCAGGUGGGACUAAGGGAAAAAAGAUGUUCGGCACAGACUUGUAGGGCCGAGAUGGCCUGCUUCCGUGCUGUAAUUGUUAUAUGGUUAUAUGUACCGAGGUGCAGCGAAAAGCUUUAGUUGUGUGCUCACCAGUCAGCGGAAAGACUGGCCUUUGAGGUGUUAUAAUUUGUGCACAAAGAUGUUGGGCCAGUGAGACCUCACUGAGAACAUUCUGUGCAAGUUGGGUCUCAAUAAAGGUGCAGUGAAGUUGACCAGAUUGUUUCCAGGGAUGGUGCGCUUGUUGUUUGAGCAAAUAUGAGACCAGGUUGGCCCUGCACUCUGUGAGGAAUGAGAGGUGAUCUCGUGGAAUGUACAGCAUUCUUAAUCCACUUGACAGGGAAGAUGGGCAGUGAUAUUCCCCACCGCCUCGGUUAUGUAGAACCAAUGGUCAUGGUCUCAAAGUAAAGAGGGCAGUCACUUGGGAUGAAGACAUUUCUUUGGCCAGAGGUUGGUGAAUCUUUGUAAUUCACUGUGCGAGUGACUGCGGAGGUUCAGGUCACUGCCUAUCUUCACCACACAGACAGAUGGACGUGGAUAUGAAGGUGAUCACGAACGUGGAGGCCAGGUCAAAGAUCAUCCCUGAUCCUAUUGGAUGGAACAGCAGGCAGAGGGGCUGAUUGGCCACCUCCUUUGAAUUUUUAUAUAAAACUGUGGCACGGUGGUGCAGCGGUAGAGUUGCUGCCUCACAGAGACCCGGGCUCCAUCCCGACUACAGGUGCUGUCUGUACGGAGUUUGCACGUUCUCCCUGUGACCUGCGUGGGUUUUCUCCGGGUGCUUCAGUUUCCUCCCACACUCCAAAGACGUGCAGGUUUUGUAGGUUAAUUGGCUUGGUAUAAAUGUAAAUUGUCCCCAGUGUGUGCAGGACAUCACACUGGUGUGGACUCGGUGGUUCUGUGCUGUAUCUCUAAACUAAACUGAGAGGAAAACUUGGAAUUGUGAAACAGGACACUGAGCAUUAAACGGCCAGAGCUAAAUUAGCUGCCCAGUUUGGACCACCUCCCCUUUGGUCAUGUGUAGGAAGGAACUGCAGAUGCUGGUUUAAAUCCAAGAUAGAUACAAAAUGCAGGAGUAACUCAGCGGA